AUGCCACCUAGCAAAUAUAUUUUAACUCCUCCUGAGGAUUUACAUCCCUUGGCUGCCAAAUCAGCGAACAGUCAAAAUGUAUACCCUGAUUUUGAUCCAUGGGCGCAUAAUGAGGUAGAAGACAAGAUAUUAUUAAGCUUUGUUGCGAAAGGGCAUUACAAUAGUGCUAAAGUUAACUUUGAGAGUAUAUCUGCGAGGUCUUCAUUGCAGGAGUCCUUACCCAAGGUAGCUGAUAUGUUAGCGGAGCAGUUUUCCAAGGUUGUGAACCUGAGGGAGCAAACCAUUAACAAAGUAUCUUCCGUGCCAGAUAAGUCUAUCGGUGGAAAACCGAGGUUCACAGAUCUAGCGGGUCCUGGAUUUAGUCUUCCUAAUAGGGUCACUUUGACAGAUCAGAGGAAGUCACAGUGGCUUCAGGAAUUGAGUUCACCCAAUGUCUCUUUAUUCAAGUUAUGUAGAUCAAUUCCUCAUGGGUUUAAGAGGAAGCAGAUCCUAGAGCAGUGCUAUUUGAGACAAAUUCCUUUGCAACGAGCCAUUUGGUUGAUAAAAAGUAGUUAUUCAAUGGAAUGGAAGUCGUUGAUGAGCAAAUUAAAGCCAGGGCAAAUCAAUAAAACGAUAAUAAGCCAGCUGUACAACCUCUGGACCAAUAAUAUGGUUAGCAUAAUGGAAAGAUUGGUAUUUGAAAUGCCUAAAUACUACAAUGAUAAUGCCCAACUAAAGGUCUGGAAGUUACGUGUGUCGUAUUACAUAAACCUCUUAGGAAACUGCUACAGUAUGGGGUUGAUGGAUAAGGCCGUGUUCAAUCAUUGGUUAGUUGAAUUUGUUGAAAAGGUAGAGAACUUUGAAUUUCUACCUUUGACCCUACAUUUAUUGAAUGUUUUUUGGUGUGGCAUUUGCCCUCUAACGAACGACCUUGAUUCUUCCAACGAUACUUUUCUUAUAUCAAAAAUAACAAGUGUCUUACUCCAAAAGUAUCACAUAGUCUCUCAAAGUAAGUCUAUGAUUAACGAUGAAAACUAUAUCAUUAAUGAUCUGCAGCGUAAUGCAAAGCUGAAGGAAAACAUAUUAUUCAGAAUCAAAUCGUAUAUCCUUGAUAUUUUCCAUAAUCAAUCUUUGGAAGCGUUUAUCAUGCCCAAUCAGAAUUGGGAUACAUACAAAAAUUGCCUUUAUGAAAUUAUUGCCCUGGAAAAGAUAGUGGGUGAACAGUAUACUGUUAUAAAGAGGAAAAUGGAACUAAUUACUUACAGAAAUGACUCCCUUAAGUUUAAUUCUUUCAUUCAAUGCCCCAAAGGCUCACCUCUACUCUGUGAUAGCGAAAGCAGUAUGGAUUAUAACAGCAAAUAUGAUUUACACAGCCUUUUGAAUGUUCAAUUUCUCGACUAUGAAAUGACAGCUAUCCUUGACAAUGUGGCGCCGGGCUAUGAUUGGAGUUUGUUUGUUCAACAAAAGUUUACAUGCAUCAAGCAAGUUAACCAAAUGAUCUUAUGGGCAUGUCAUCCUUCCAGAAAGGCGCGCUAUGAUGGUCCUCACUUAGUUGCAAAACUUCUACUACUGAAAGCUAAUUGCCAGGAAAAUCCUCAAGAAUACAGCAAUAUUGAAGAUAAAAUAUGGAGCUUGGUAUUUCAUUUUUCAAAACUAAACGAAGCAGAUUUAACUAAUAUUUUAAACUUGACUAGUUUAUACGGAUUGUUGAAUAUUUUCAUAAGCUACGGUAUCAUUAAAGUCCCAACUUAUAUCAGAAAACUAAUUAGUUCAGGUAUCAUGUACAUCCCUGACUCAAAGGACAAAUUCUUCCAUUGUGAACUGUUGAUAAAUCUGAAAAUAUCUCCAUUAAUGAAAAAUCAGUACAAUAUGGUCUUGAAAAAUAUUAUGGAAUACGACCCAACGUACUUUAUGCAAUUUAGUUAUGAAAAACUGCAGCUUCUUUUAGCUGCUGUUAAGGAGGAAAUGCUGCAGGACAAUUUCGAAAAUUUGUCCUCUUUGCCUACAAGUGUUAAAAUUUGGGUAUCUGAAUGGUACUUAAGUUACGUAUGUUCCUCCUUUGAUGGUACAUUGAAACAGGUAGAUAAAGCUACGGUUAUUAAGAAUUUCACUAUAUUUGGAAUUCAGUUGAAUGAAAUAUUUCAUUUCUAUAAGUGGGUUGAAUUUAUUGUUUACCAUCAAUUAUUAUCUGAUAUGGACUCUCUUGGUUCCUUGAUUGACAUCCUUUUGUGUUAUGAGAACUUGUUUCCAAUAUUAAUCAACGACCAAAUUCUCUUUAUAAAAACCAUUUUACACAUAUAUUCAAAGGAAUUACGUUUUAAGGAUAAGAUUUUGUAUGAGUUAAUUGAGCUUAACCCAUUUUGGAAGUUCUUCAUGAAAAGCUUCCCAUACCUAGUUGAAAUAGAUUCUGAUUUGCAAUUACAACUAGGUGAAGUUUACGAGUCUGAAAGAAAUCGUGUUGAAAGGCUAAUGAAGUCAAAUUCAGAUGUUGUUACGUUAUACUGCGACAUAAAUGAUAUUAAGGGAGAAAGCAGUAGCAAAUUUGGAAUUCAUAAUUUCCCAAGCAUUUUUCAACAGAACCUUAAGAUUUUGUUAAAGUCGGUGGAUGAAGAUACCGGUGAUAAAGCUCGUAAGGGACUUCUCUUACUAAUGUUUGCAAAUAUAGGGGAUUAUAACAAAUUCAUGUCAAUAUUUUUGAAGAGAAAAGAUUUUAGUACUAAGCAAUUGAUUAAGUUGAUUUCAUUGAAGUUGCUAACUUUAGAUCUAGUGCACAAAGUAAUUGGCGAUGAAUUUUUGAGUGACAUUAUCAUCCACAAGGAAUAUAACUACGGUUUAUGGUUUGAACUGCACAAAAAAACAUUUAUUAAGAAGAACUUUAAACUGGUGGCCUCCUUGUAUCAAAAUAGUGACGAUAUCGAAGAGCACAAAUUUUUCAUUGACCUUUUGGUGGAAUAUGGAACUUAUUCCAAGUUGCAAGAACAAGUGACAAAUAUUAUUUGCAAUUAUCUAAAAGAACACAGAAGGGAUUAUUCUCUAAUUGUUGAAUUACUCAAGUAUGGUGUUCCUGAGGGAUUAUUAGAGCCUAUAAAAUGUGUUAACCCAACAGAAUUGUAUAGGCAGUUGAACUUUACUAGUGUUUGGAUAUUUCAAGCGCUUACAAAGUACUACACCGAAGCACUCCUCAACAAUGAUUUAAAUGAUGGACAAACAAUGUCAAACUUUGUGUUUGACAUUAUUGAUUUAACACAAUAUGAUGUAACCUGCUCCCAUGUUUUCGAUAUGGUUACACAAGUAGAUGUAAUUGAGAAACUUUUGCAAGUUGUGGAAGCUGAUUUUUUUCAAAAAUGCCUAUCAGAUGAGCCAGACGAUGUCCAAUUUUUGGCAGUAAUGAUUGAGACGAUUAUGAAAUUAUCCAGAAAAGUGACUCAGGGUAAUGGAGGUAUUACAAUGACCGAAAAGUCGUUUCAAUUGUUGCAACGUUCAAUGGUUAAGUUUAGACAAAUGGAUAAGGAAGCAUUGUCUAAUGCAGAAAUGAAGUUGAAUAUUUAUCUCAAGAUAUUCACUGUGCAUCAAAAGUUCAUCUUUCAAAAAAUAUGUGAUACCCUACGGAACAGCAUUAAUUCGGAUGGGAGUAACUUAGUAACAGCUUUACGUGAGUUGUUUGAAAACACAGGCUUCAAUUUGAAAUUAAAACUAUUGUUGUACGACAUUUUAUCUUCUUUGAAGUCUUUUGUAAUCUAUGAAUCAACUAAAAAGGGCGAGUACACACUAGACCAACGCAAGAUUCAAGUACCCGAGGAACUGCAUAACUUGCCACCAUUUCACAUUUCGUCAUUUUUAGACGAACAUCCAUCAACUACUAUGAAUGAUUUCAGUUUAUUGGGAUUAGUUGAGCAUCAAGUCCAAUCAGAAGGUGAGGAAACCUCCCACUUUUUUAUCUAUAACAAAGAGACGAAAGAAUACGAAUGUAGUCUAUACGUCGAACCUUUCCAAUUGCUGAUGAACCAUCAGAAUAGGGAACCAAGCAUGAAUGGUCAUUGUUUUAACGACACUGCCUUAAGUCUGAGUCUUUUUGACGCCAGAUUUGACAAAAAAAACCCUACAUAG